AUGUUCGCUUCCCGCCACGGUCGACAGCGCCGUCCCGCCGGCCUUCACCAGGCCUACAGUCCGUCACCCCCCCCUCAGCGCCCCCGCCAAUUCUCUGCCCGAGUCCAUGCCACUGCCGAUUUUACAGAGGCAGACGACGAUGAAGAGGACGACGACGAGGACGACUUUGACCACGACCCUGAGAACCCUGGCGGCGCGCAAGAGGAUGAUGAGGAUGACGAGGAUGCCAUAGAUGAUCUACCCGAGCCCCAGCAGCGAGGCCCUGGUGGCCUGCCCGUCAUCCCGCUCUUCUCCUCUACCCAUCUUGAUACCCUUCCCGUGUACAACAUAACCCACGCCAUUCGAAUCAUAGUAUCGACGCGAACCGAAACAUCUCUGUCCUGGGAACAGCUUCGCUCUCCUCAAGUGUCCCAAUUCCUCGUCAAGCCCAUGCAGCAGCAAAUUCGCGCCCAGCACUUCUCACGAGCCACAAUAUAUGCUCUCAUGGCCAACUGCCUGCAGUUCAACAAGGAAGGACAGCGAUAUGCCGCCAACACGGGAAUCAGCAAUACCCGAUCCAAGGUCUGCGAGCUUCUGGCGCUCAAGCUGCUUAAGGAGUACUCGACCCGCGAGCUGAUUGACGCACUGGCGUACGACUUUUACCCGCUCCAAGGCCUCCCAGGCGCGCCCGAAGAGAUCGCCAGCCGAGCCACCGGAAAAGCCAAGGGCUCCUUGACCGCUUCGCGCACAUCUACACUCGAGGUUGCCAUCCGCGCAUCGGCCAAGCACUUCCUCGCCCACCCUGUCGUCAUUCAGCAACUCGAAGCCAUCUGGAACGGCGCCAUCUCCUUCUACUCAGCCGCUGAUACGCUACAUAGGGAGGAGCCGCCUAGUGGCUUAUACAGCCAUGCGAAUGGCUCCCCCAACAAAGCAGACGACAGGACACCCCUGCUGGGUAACGUGGCUGAGGCCAGACAUGCCCAGUACCAUGUCCCAAGUGGGCGUCGUACCGUCAUGUUGUACGACCCGCGACAGGCUUCCAUUUUCAAGCUCUCCCGUCUCCGCGUGCCCCGUUAUCGGUCCUUCCUGUCGACUCUGUCGCUAGCAGUCCUGAUCGGACUGUUUCUGGCUGUGCUCAUACAACGUUCUGUACAUAUUAGCGGGCUGGAGCUAGUCUUUUGGUUCUGGAGUGCCGGCUUCAUGCUUGACGAGCUGGUAGGUUUCAAUGAGCAGGGAUUCGCCCUCUACAUCAUGAGCUUUUGGAACGUAUUCGAUCUUGGCAUCUUGGUCCUACUCAUUGUCUACUAUUGCAUGCGCGCUUACGGAGUCUUCCUUGUCGAUCCACAUCACUGGAACGACAUGGCUUAUGAUGUCUUGGCUGCCAACGCAAUUUUGCUUUUACCGCGCAUUUUCAGUGUACUUGACCACUAUCAGUACUUUUCGCAGCUUUUGAUCGCAUUUCGUCUCAUGACGCUUGACUUGGCUGCCGUCUUCAUAUUGGUUCUCAUCAUGUGCAGCGGCUUUUACGUCUUUUUCACGCUGUCGAAUGUGCAAAGCGACGGCGGUGAGGUGGCCUAUAAGAUCUUUCAGAUCCUCAUGGGUUUUACGCCUGCCGUGUGGGAUGUUUGGCCGACUUACAACUGGCUGGCUCGGGGCCUCAUGGUUGUCUUCCUCAUCAUUUGUCACUACCUGGUGGUAACCAUCCUCAUUACGGUGCUGACCAACUCGUUCACUGCAAUCGCUUCAAACGCCACGGAGGAGCAUCAAUUUGUCUUUGCCAUCAACACGAUAUCCAUGGUCAAAAACGAUGCCUUAUUCUCAUACAUUGCGCCCACCAACAUAUUUGCAUGGGUGCUGAUGCCACUCCGCUACUGUAUGCCACUCAGGCAAUUUGUGUGGCUGAACCGGACCAUUAUCAAAGCGACGCAUUUUCCCAUUCUUUUCUGUAUCUAUCUUUAUGAGAGAUUCUGGCUGGCGCCCUCGAUGUUUGAGCCAACCGAUCUAGUUGAAAACAACGGGAGAGGCAGACGUCGUGCUAUAUCCUUCGGUGAUGCUGCCAAUCGUACGGCUCUUUUCAGCCCCAAUAUUCGAGUCCGGGAGGAGUCUGUCGCGGGCUUCCAAAAGGACCGCGCCCUAGAAGAGUUAUUCAGGCGAGCUCCAGCAAGUGCAACAUUGCGAACACAACGAAGAAAUGAACGGCGCAAGACGCAGAAUGCCAUUCGUAAUUGGAUGGAACAGCACGAUGAGGACGGUAAUGGCACCCACUGGCCAACCAUUGAUAGUCGUGCGGUGCCUGAAUGGCAACGACGGAUGAGUGUAGGUUGGGAACGAGGUUCCCAUCUACGUCGUGUAUCAGAUAUGAGAUCAGCAGCCAGUGACCCUGCUGAAUUUCUAUCUAAUAAUGGAGCGUUUGGUGCGGGACUGUCAUCUGCCUCUCGCCUACCAUCUUUCAACGUUGAAUUCAAAGACCAGACGGACGCGGAUGGCGAUGAUGAGCUUGUUACAAAUGACGAGGACGAAGAAGAUACGGCCACAAACAUCGGCCAGGGUGUCGGCGAGGACAAGACGCGCCUGAUGGCCAGACAGGCAGAUUAUUUCGGCCCGAUUCUUGGUGCCAGUGUGAGCAAGUUGGCUUCAUCACACAGCUCCUAUGGCGCCGUGCCAUCUAAAGCACCAGCCACGCCUCGGCCAUCCAAUCAACGUCGUGGGUUACACAGUCGUGCCCUGUCAACAAACACAAUCUUGUUCAACCCCGAAGAAGAGGCCUCGUUGGCAACUGGGACUGCAGUCAAGUCACCGCCAAAGCCAACGCAGACCAAGAAGCCCGGUAGCAGCGGCCGCAACACCACCGGGGAAGGGCACACGAGCUCUGGACGCCGCAGUCCCGCUAGAAAAGCGGCGGCUAUUACUGACACGAAGGCUCGGCCGAUUGUAGUACCAGCGGGCAUGGCUGAAGCCGGGGGUGUGAGCCGGACGGCGCUCCUCAGCAUGGACGCCGCUCGGGUCCGACUUGGGGAAGGCCGCCGGCUGUCUUCGGUGGACCUGAGUGUGAUGUCGGACCAGACUGGCAUGGGCGCGGACGACUCGCAUAUGAAUUUGAGCAUGCCAGGCAGCUUCCAGACGCAAAUGGCCAUGGCGAUGAUGAGGGAGAGCCGGAUGCGUGUGGCGCACGGUAUUGACGCAGCAGACCGGGAUAGGAUGGGCCGGCUGGUACUGGCGCGCAUGAAGACGCUGGAGGAGAGCUUUGCGGACGUUGUCAAGGAGAUGCGAUAUUUGAAGAACACGUCGACGCCACCGACGAGAUGGAACUCGUCCAACGAAGGUGGUGGUGGCGGCCCGUCGGAGAAGCGGGCCAAGACGAGCUCUACACCUAGUCGAGGGUCCAACAAACGGCCUGUGAGCCGACGAAGCCUGCGCGAAGUCAAGGUAUCGGGACAACAGGAAGGCUGGGGCAAAGGCAAGGGCAAGGCCGUUGCCUACUCGUCUGAUGAAGGCGGCGACGAUGACGGUGACGAAGCCCUGUCCAAGCGGGUGGGAUGA